AUGUUGAAUUUAAACCAACAUUUCUCCAUAGUUCACUACCUUCACCCAAAAACGAAGUCCAAGCUUUUCAGUGAAGAAUAAUGGAGAAUAACAACAGUGGGAGAAAGGAGGCAAUAGAACAAGAGCUAAUAAGAGGCCGUGACGUGGCAAAACAGCUACUCGAAGUACUUAUUAUUCAUAAAUCCAAUAGAAAUGAAGAAGGAAUUGAAAGGUCAAUGGUGAUGAUGCCUUUUAUUGAAGAUGCUGUGAGCAAGAUUCUCAUAUCAUUCACAAACACCCUCUUGCUAUUCAACAGGGACACCCAACAUAACCGCUCUGAUGAGGAGGGUAAUCAUAUUCAUCAAGGUUGCAAGAAAAGUAAGAGACCACCAACCCUAUGCUACAAGAGAAAAUCAUUUGCACCAACUUGGAGCAUCGACAACGCGAUUCUAUCAGAGGAUGGGCUUGAAUGGAGAAAGUAUGGACAGAAAAAGACAAAGGACUGCAGAUAUAUAAGGAGCUACUACAAGUGCAGUUACAAGAAUGAAGAAGAUUGCAAAGCCAUCAAACAUGUUCAAAGAAUCCAAGAGGAUCCUCCAUUAUACCGUACAACCUAUUCUGGCCAUCACACUUGCAAAAGCUCUUUUGUCAAUUACCCUCACAUGAAACUUGAAUCUGCUCCUUCUUUAGGGUCUUCUAAAUUACUAAGUUUUAAUAAUAAUUAUUAUUAUAACAAUAAUACCCUUCAAAGCAAAGAGAUGAAACACCUUUCAUCAUCAAUUUCUUCUACAAAACAAGAGCCUGUGGAAGUGACUAUUCCUAAUGAUGACCAUAAUCAAAUCCAUCUUCUGAGUGACUGUGAGCUUGAUUUCGAUAUUCCACCGAAUCUGUUGCAUUCGAAAUUUUAUGGGGGAUGA